CUUGCAGGUAUGCUUACUAAGAGGUUCAUCGUGCUGCUGAAAGUGUUUGCAUGCUAAAAUGCAGAGCCAAGGCGGCCCCAGCAAGGUUGUCGCUACACUCCGAGCGGAUGGAAAUGUGUAUCCAAUGGAUCCCACUGAGCAUUCCAACUUGCUUCACUACGAAAUUCGGACCGAAGGGGAACACCAACUAAAGAAGGGCAAUGGGUCUGGAACAUCAACUGUUGUUGACCUGGGAAAGCAACUGCUUCAAUGCGCAAGGGACAGCGAUGUGACUGGCGUCAAAACGACGCUUGCACAUGGAGCCCCCUUUGCCUCCGACUGGCUGGGAAUGUCCGCUCUGCACUUUGCUGCCAUGAACAAUCAACUGGAAAUCUGUGAAAUACUUCUACAGGGCGGCAUCAAUAUGGACGCCAAAACAAAGGUGGACAGAACGCCUCUGCAUUUAGCCUGCUACUACGGCCACGAGCGAGUAGUCAGAUUAUUGUUGGCGCUCAAGUGCAGCGUCAAUUCUCGAGACAUGCUUCGAAUGACGCCGCUUCAUUGGGCUGUGGAGAAGAAGCACAAAACCAUUGUGCGAAUGUUACUAAAAUGCCAGGCGGAUGUGUCGCUAGUUUCGAAAUUCGGCAAGACCCCAAUUGCAUUGGCCGUGUACACUGAACAGGCGGAUGUAUUGGCGGAACUGGAGGCGGCGCGGCAGGCCCAGGCCAGUCGAAAGUUUAACGAAGAAACGGAGCGGCAGACACAUAAAAGCAGAAAGGAAACCAGUGAGGCGGUCAAUUCAAUAAUGAACGAGCCCGGGGACACCAAAAGGAGUGAAGAUACAGAAAUGUCAGUCGAAGAAAGAAUGGAUGUCCUGGAAAACCUCCGCGGCCACACUAACGUGUUGGGCAACUCGGCAUUGAACAUGCUCAAGACCCACGGCAUUGCAGACAUGAUGCAGGAGAACGACGACGACGCCUCCAAGGAAAUGUUGAAUACGGCACUGCAAAACGGUCGACAGCUCGUGCUCUCCGAAGGAGGCCGUAUGCUGUUGCACGAAACAAAGUCGAGCAUAAACAUCAAGCAAUAUGUGAAUGGAAGUGCCAGCAAAAACCCAAAUGUGGGUCUUCGUCUCACACCCAAUAACUCGCCCCCCCAGAAGAUUCGGAUGAAUGUCAUCAAGCAAAAGGAGCCAGCAUCGUCCAAUCCGCCUGGGGUGUCCAAGAACAAGAACAUACGCAUAAUCUCGUUGACUGAUUUUAAGAAACUUUGCGGGACGGACAAUCAGGCAAAGUCCUUACAGAAAAUACCCGCAUCAUUGGCAAGCUCUGGAAUGGUACGUCAGCUCCCCGAUGGCACCAAACUGGUGAACAUGCGUCAGCUUCAGUCUCGUCAGCUGAAACUUCCAUCCGUUCCGAGAACCCUGGAACCCAGCAUGCUGGAUGAGCAGCAGCAGCUGCUGAACGACAUUAUUUCCCCAUCGUCCCAGCAGGCCCCCGCGGCGAGUCCCGCUACGGCGAGCACGCUGAGGGGCCAAGUGGGCACCGUGCAGACAAUACAGCUGCGUCCAUCCCCAGCACGUGGAGCUGCCCUCGGGACAACAAGCAACGGAGUUGCCAGCAAGGCUGUGGGCAACGUAGCAAAGCUCGGCGCAAAGGGCGCUAAUGUAAUGCCGCUGCUGACUUCUUCUGAAAUUUGUCGGCAACUGCACGAUCUUCGACGGCAGAACGAGGAAUUGCGCCGGCGGGUGGAUUCCUUUCACCGAGAAAAGGAGCAAAUGCUGAAACGCAUUGACCGCUUGGAGCAGCUUGUGUUCAUUCGCGAAUCGGAGGCAGAAAUCGAUUAUUUAGGUGACUUGUAGUUAGGACCUAGAAUAAACUUCUAUGUAAAUAGCGGAUAGCACUAGUGCAUACCACCGGAGGGAACUUUUUAUUUAAUAUGUCACUAUAUUGACUGCUGGCGCACGUAUCGGCGUACAGUUUUCUAAUGAAGGAGCUCAACAGUUAAGUUUUAAGUUUUAAGAAUAGUUUAUCAAGCUAAUCAGCUAAGUUUAAGUUCAGUUGCUAAACACAAAUUGUUUGAGCGGUUUCAUAACAUUUUCUAACAGAUUUGUAUUAAUAUGAAA